CCUCCUUAAUUACCGGCUCUCUCCUCUCUUUCCAUUUCCCAUUACACCAUUGCCUCUAUCUCUCUCUCUCUCUCACACACACGCACGCACAUAUUCUCCGACAAGUUUCUCUGGCAAAUCGCCGGGAAUCUCGUCGGGAAAUAAUAACAAGAAUUCUCUCUCUCUUUCUCCAAAUCAUUCAAUCUUCAAAACCCACAUUUUCACCACAUUUCACUGCCGGAUCAGCGAGCUUUUUUAUGAGAGAUUGUCAAUAUUGAGCUCGAACUGGGAUUUUUAUUUGUCAAGUUUUUGUUCAAAUCCUUGCAUACAUUUGUGGGAUUUCUUUGGAUAGUGUAGUUAUUUGCUUAGGAGCUCUGUAAGCUGACGGAGUUCGGUGUUUCUGGAGAUUAAAGUAAUGAAAGAACAUGAAGCUGGUGUCUUUGGUUAUUUUGAUUGAUUUUUUAUAUAUAUAGAAACAAGGAAGGGUUUUAGACCUUCAAGGUUUUUUGUUUUCAUCAUCUUAAUCAAGUUCAAAGAAUCCCUCCGUUUCCUUUAGAGCGAGCAAUAUCCGACAAUACAUUUAAAUACAAAAGAUCAAGUAAGGAGAGAGAGAGGGGAAGAGAGAGCAUCUAUUUUGUUAAAUCUUUAAUUUGACUCGUAUUGAGGGAGUUGUUAAAGUGGGUUUGGUGAUAUUGGAGGGAAAGAAAUGUUAAAAAUGUGGAAGACAGAGGACUCUGUUGAGGAAUGGGAGAUGAAAGUGAAGUUUUUCGGUGGUGGAAAGGUUGAUAAGUUGAAAACUUCUGUGGUUUCAAGGUCUUCAAUGAAGCUGUGGAUGAUAAGGGCAAUCACAACUGUCUUGUUAUGGACUUGCGUGGUCCAUUUACUGGCCUUGGGAGAGAUUUGGGGGCCGAGAUUGAUAAAGAGUUGGCCCUCUUGUUUUAGUAAUCAAGAUGUUGAGCUAACUUCUGUUCCUGCCAAAGUUGUUCUGCCUCCGAAGAGAAUCUACAAGAAUAAUGGAUAUCUCAUGGUUUCCUGCAAUGGAGGACUCAACCAAAUGCGAGCAGCAAUAUGUGACAUGGUCGCUAUUGCAAGAUAUCUAAAUGUUACUCUUGUUGUCCCAGAGUUGGAUAAAUCCUCAUUUUGGAAUGACCCAAGUGAGUUUCAAGACAUAUUUGAUGUUGAUCAUUUCAUCACUUCCUUGAGGGAUGAAGUUCGUAUAUUGAAAGAGCUACCGCCUAGGCUUAAAACACGAGUAAAAUUGGGAUUGUUCUACUCAUUACCUCCAGUUAGCUGGUCAAACAUCUCUUACUACACCCAUCAGAUUCUUCCUCUGCUGCAAAAGUACAAAGUUGUACAUUUGAACAAGACAGAUGCUCGUCUUGCAAAUAAUGGACUUCCUAUUGAGAUUCAAAAGUUGCGCUGCCGUGUAAAUUUUAAUGCUUUGAAGUUUACAUCACAGAUAGAAGAACUGGGUAGAAGGGUUGUUAGGAUAUUGAGGGAGAGAGGCCCUUUCCUGGUGCUUCAUCUCAGAUAUGAAAUGGACAUGUUGGCUUUCUCUGGCUGCACUCACGGUUGCAAUGAUGAGGAAACAGAACAACUGACAAGAAUGAGAUAUGCUUAUCCCUGGUGGAAGGAAAAAGAUAUUAGUUCUGAAAUGAAAAGGAAAGAAGGUUUGUGUCCUUUGACACCUGAGGAAACUGCCCUUGUGUUAAGUGCACUUGGAAUUGACCGUAAUGUUCAAAUUUAUAUUGCUGCUGGCGAAAUAUAUGGUGGAAAAAGAAGGAUGAAGGCUUUGGCAUCCGCUUUUCCUAAUUUGGUCAGGAAAGAAACUCUGUUGGGACCAUCAGAUUUGAAGUUUUUCCAGAAUCAUUCAUCUCAAAUGGCGGCACUAGAUUAUCUGGUGUCCUUGGAGAGUGACAUAUUUGUUCCUACAUAUAAUGGCAAUAUGGCUAAAGUUGUUGAAGGUCAUCGCAGAUUCUUAGGAUUCAAGAAGACUAUUUCAUUGGACAGAAAGCUUCUGGUUGGUUUAAUUGAUCAAUACAACAAAGGCUCAUUGAGCUGGGAUGAAUUCUCCUCUACUGUGAAGGAAGCUCAUGCUGAUCGGAUGGGUAGUCCAAAGACGCGAGUUGUUAUACCAGAUAAACCAAAGGAAGAAGAUUAUUUCUAUGCCAAUCCACAAGAGUGUUUGCAACUGUUAGAUGAACCAUUGAGAAGUUCAUGAACCUAGUCAUGCCAAUGAGAUGGUCAUCCUUAAUAAUACCUGGUGCUAGUGCAUAUCCAUCAAAGGAGAUGCCCUAAUUUAUAUUCCAUGGAGAUUGCAGACUUGUAUGCUGAGGCUUGCAUCAAGUUGGAUUCAAGGAGAACCAGGGACUUCAUCCAUGAGUUUCUUCAGCGUCUCACUAAAAUAUUUAUAAUGGUUCAUUUUUGAAUGACCAGAUUGUAUAUAGAGGGGAAAAUUGUGCCAUUGGAGGGCUAAUGUCCAGUUAGCUGGAUUAUAGAGGGGUUAGUACAAAAUUUCCUGUGGGGGAGUUUCUGGGAUGUAUAGUCCAUCCUCAGUUCCCUCAUAUCCCCUGUCACAAUUUUUUCAGCAUCAAAUAUGCAAUAAAGUCACGUUCUUCUUUUCCCUUCUCA